CACGCCAGUCCGGCUCUUCCCAGCUCGCGUCAGCUCCCCUCCGAGGCUCCCGAGCUCUCAGCUCCGCCCCUCUGCCAUCAAGCACCGCCCCCUCUGCCCGCCUCGGCUCUCCCCCGCGCUCCUCCGCACCCCACUUUGGCCCUCGGGGCUCUCGGCGCCCGGCCCAGCCUUUACCCCUGGGUGGGACUCUCAGUUCUUUGUCCUUAGAAGUAUGCAGUUUCCUCCUCGGAGACUAUGCUUGCCCGGGUGGGCUCCGGGUCUGUGAGGCCGGAAGCUCAGCGUGUUUGAAGGAUAGGGAAUAAGAUGGGGGUUGGUCAUUUUAGGAAAGAUUUUAAAAUUCCGAAUGCAGAAUUGCUAGGGAACCCCCUGGCACCUGGCCAGAAAACUGGAGCCCCUGGGUUUAUUCCGCCCAAGAGGCUGCGUUGGGCUCCCGGCCCGAGCCCUCGCGGUGCAGCCCCCUCUCUCCGCGUGGGUUUUCGUCGCAAGUUGAACGCGGGGCCAGCGCAGCCCAGCGAGGCACUUGGGUGUAAACGAGGCCUUUCUGUGGACCAGGAUCCAGGCAGAUGCUGAUUCUGCCUACCUGGGUUGGUUUUAAUGGCGUUUCCUGGGAUGCAUCGCCUUUGAUGAGGGUCAGCUAGCUACGUUAGGUGUGUCUCCUCUCCAAGGGGUUUGCUAGCCAGUUGUGGAAAAGGCUCCUUCUGCUCAGUGUUGUGAAAUCCAGUUUUUCACAGUACUAUUGUGUCUUCAAAAGGGACGUUAGUAAAGUAUGUUUUUGGUUGCAUGUGAGCCCUGUAUAUUUGAAAGCAAGCGAGAAAAUAUUUAGAACCUAAUUAAGCUAAUUUCUACUAUUUGAGGCUUAAAUUAAGCCUAUAUUCUUCUACCUCCUGUACGUAUAUCGAUUAUUACCCAACAAUGUUACAUUUUCAUGAAUAGCUUAUAGUAAGAACCAGAGACACGAUUUCAAAAUACGGUAAUGUAAGCUAGGGAUGGUGGCAGCUCGUGCUUCUAAUCCUAGCAGUCUGGGAGGUCGAGGCAGGGGGGUUGCCCCCUCUCCAACUUAAUGUUCUUUUUUUUCUUUUUUGGUACUGAGGAUCAAACUCGGGACCUUGCGCUUUCGAGGCAGGCGCCAGAACCACUGAGCUAAAUCCCCAGCGCCAGGUUAAUGUUCUUAACAGAACUAAGAAAAACUAUUUCAGUACAGAUUUGUUUCUAAAAUUUAUUUUUAGCCACAAAAUUCCUUAAAAACAAGCCAAAACCUUACGUGGCUCUUUAAGAUUUGAGCAACUGGUGUAAUGAUGAAACAAGACGAAGGUUAAGUGCAGCAGGACUCCAUUUCAGGUGAUGUAGACAAGUGCCCACCUUCUGAGGAAGAAACCACUGACUUCUGAUAGUUGUUUUAUAUGUAAUGUGGCUUUUAGUAUUUUAUAAAGAUCUGCAUACAAUUGUUUCCACAUAUUCUGUGAAAUUAUAUUCAGUAUGAAGCACACGGUUUUGCAAACAUGUAAGACAAAAUGAAUGAAAUAUGCAGUGAACUGUAUACCAUAAGGAUUCAAAUCAGCAUUUUUCUGUUGACAAAAUUGGCCUGGUGGACUUGUGAAGGAAUUCCCUUUGGACUAGGUCCAUGGUAGAUAGUAUCUAGAGCUGAUGUUAGUACCUAAAUUGCAUUGUUUCUCAUUGGAAUAUAUGCUCCCCACAAGACUGGUCUAUUGCCACUGGCAAAUUGUGAUCAACCAGAAUCCUCAGCGAGUACAUUGGUAGUGUGCUUGAAUUCAUUUUCUGUGUAUGUUUUAGUGCUGUUGCUUGCCAUUCAAAUUAGACCUGCUUUUAGUGUAUCAUUUUACCUCGGCACUCUAUUAUUCAUUACCUGAGUGCAUGAGGAAGGCAGUGUUGUGAUGCACACAUUGGUGAACAUCUUGGUGAGACCACAUUUUGUAUUUUUAACGUGUGUAAUUACAUUUAAGAUCAAGCAAGGCUUAGUUUUGUUAUUGAUUUUCUUCUGUGAAGAUGGACUUGUUACCUAGGGGUUGCAGUUGAUGACGUUUUGAUAUUAAUAUGUUUGCUGCUGCUACCAAGAGCUUUGUCAAGCAAGUUGGAGAUGGAGGGAGAUUAGUUCCUGUUCCAAGCCUCAGUGAAGCCGACAAAUACCAACCUUUAAGUCUUGUGGUAAAAAAGAAGCGAUGCUUUCUGUUUCCUAGAUAUAAAUUUACCUCAACACCUUUUACACUGAAAGAUAUUCUCCUAGGAGACAGAGAAAUUUCAGCUGGUAUUUCAUCUUAUCAGUUACUGAAUUAUGAAGAUGAAUCAGAUGUUUCACUGUAUGGACGUCGAGGCAACCAUAUUGUAAAUGAUGUUGGGAUUAAUGUUACUGGAUCAGAUUCCAUUGCAGUAAAAGCUUCAUUUGGUGUAGUUACCAAACAUGAAGUGGAAGUAUCAACAUUACUAAAGGAAAUUACUACACGAAAGAUUAACUUUGACCACAGCUUGAUACGCCAGUCAAGGAGCAGCAGGAAGGCGGUGUUGUGCGUGGUCAUGGAAAGCAUUCGGACCACGCGACAGUGUUCUCUCUCCGUGCACGCGGGCAUUCGAGGGGAAGCAAUGCGGUUUCAUUUUAUGGAUGAACAGAAUCCCAAGGGAAGAGACAAAGCUAUUGUUUUUCCAGCACAUACAACCAUAGCUUUCAGUGUUUUUGAACUCUUUAUUUACCUAGAUGGUGCCUUUGACCUUUGUGUCACUUCAGUGUCAAAAGGAGGAUUUGAAAGGGAAGAAACAGCAACAUUUGCACUACUCUACAGACUGAGAAAUAUAUUGUUUGAAAGAAAUCGAAGAGUGAUGGAUGCCAUUUCUCGCUCACAGCUUUACUUGGAUGAUCUUUUUUCUGACUACUAUGACAAACCUCUCAGCAUGACUGAUAUUUCACUCAAGGAAGGGACUCACAUCCGAGUUAACUUACUCAAUCACAAUAUUCCUAAAGGGCCUUGCAUACUCUGUGGAAUGGGGAACUUAAAAAGGGAGACAGUCUAUGGCUGCUUUCAGUGUUCUGUGGAUGGACAGAAGUAUGUUAGACUUCACGCAGUCCCUUGUUUUGAUAUUUGGCACAAGAGAAUGAAAUAAAAAGAAAAGUGAACAUACUUUGUUGGUGUUUCAAGUAAGUGAAUUGGUAAUUGUGCCAUAAACCUUCCCUAAGUUAUCUAGGUUUGCUUUGAUGAGUUAAGAAGAGAAAACAAACAGAAAGCCUGUGUAG